AUGGAAUCACGAAAGAAGAGUCCCAGUGACAAUUAUAAAGAAGUAACUAUGAAUGAUCACAUUUGUAGGACUCGGAAAUCAAAAUCAAUACCUCAUUGGAAAGAAACCGGGCGUGAAAUACUAGGAAUGGAAUCUGUUUCAAACCGUAUUUCGCAAGAUGAGCCCAAAUGCAGAACCACUAGAUCUAGAACUGAUAAAGAGACAAAGAAAAGGUGGUCGAGAGUAGAAAAAGAAGAACUUAUUUUCUGCUUUUAUGUAGCAACUAAAUUAAACACCACUAAGACGAGAAACUAUAGACGGUCAAUGAGGAAUUUAUGGCUUCUGAAUAACGAAGACCCAAAUGUCAGUGAACAAGCACUCGCGGAUAUGAAACAUAGUAUCUUCCGUUCGAAAUAUUUCACGGACUCACAAUUACAUCAUAUCAAAUUGCGAGCUAAAAUAUAUCUUACUGAGCAAGGGAACCAAGUGAAUAUUUCGAACCGGAAAGUAGGUGGUGCAAGUGAUGAUGAUAAUGAUAAUGAUGAUGACAACGUAGACCUUACUGAAGCUGUCAACGAUGAUAAUGGUGUUGCUGAUGACAAUAAUGCAAGGAAUAAAGAUAUCAACGAUGGCCACGAUGAUGGUGUUGACAAUGAUGCCGGUAAUGACGAAACCAAAGAUGAUCAUGGGGAUGGUGAUGACAAAAAUGCCGGCCCUGACGACGCCAACGAUGUUUAUAUUGAUGCGGAUUACAAGAACGCCGGUGAUGAUGUUGCCUACGAUGACCAUAGAGAGGCUGAUGACAAUAAUGCCAAUGUUAAUGAAACAAAAGUUGGAAAGUCGAAGAUUCUACAUACUCAAUCGCUACACAGCAAAGUGAAGAGAAAAAGAGAAAGGAAAUUAUGGUCAAAUAAAGAGAAGGAAAAUCUUAUGACUUGCUUCUACUUUGCGACUGAUGUAUCUCAUAAAACUAGACAUUACAGGAAGAGAAUGAGAGAAACGUGGCUUGAAAAUAAUGGUGAUCCAUCCGUUGGAGAGCAAGCUCUGGCAGACAUGAAACAAAGUAUCCUUCGUACUCAAUAUUUCAGCGAGAUUGAAUUAGAGAGAAUAAAACAAAAGGCACACAUACUUUGUAGAGAAGUCGAUAAUGCCGGUAAUGACGAAACCAGCGAUGAUCAUGGGGAUGGUGAUGACAAAAAUGCCGGCCCUGACGAUGCAAACGAUGGCCAUAGAUAUGCUGAUGACAAGAAUGCCGGCGAUGGCGAUGCCAACGGCGACCAUGAUAAUGAAGAUGACAACGAAAACCAUGAUGGUGAUGACAAUAAUGUCGGUGUUGAUGAUUUCAACAAUGGCAAUGAUGAUGCUGACAACAAUGAUACCGGUGAUGACGAUACCAAUGAUGAUCUCGGUGAUGGUGACAACAACAAUACCGGUGAUGGCGAUACCAACGAUGACCAUGAUGAUGCUGACAACAAUAUUACCAGUGAUGACGAUACCAACGAUGUUCUCGGCGAUGCUGAAGUCAAUAAUAUUGGUAAAGACGAUGCCAACGACGACCGUGCUGAAGCUAAUAACGAUGAAGCAGAUAAUGACAAUGUUGCUAUAAUCGAUAACCAUGGCGAUGUUGUGAAAAAUCAUAAAGCUGAUGACGACGAUGAUGCCGAUACUGAUGGUGAGAAUUUGUAUCAUAAAGGCAAGAACGAAGGAGGCCAACCAAAUAAAGACGGGAGAGUAGAAACGUGUGACAAGAGAUUAUCAAGACAUCCACCCAAGGCCAAUGAUACGACAUGGCUAGCCAAUUAUAAUGAAAAUUCGAAGAUCACAGAUACACAAUCGCUACACAGCAAAGUGAGGAGGAAAAGAGAAAAGAAAUUAUGGUCAAAUAAAGAGAAGGAAAAUCUUAUGACUUGCUUCUACUUUGCGACUGAUGUAUCUCAUAAAACUAGACAUUACAGGCAGAGAAUGAGAGAAACGUGGCUUAAAAAUAAUGGUGAUCCAUCCGUUGGAGAGCAAGCUCUGGCAGACAUGAAACAAAGUAUCCUUCGUACUCAAUAUUUCAGCGAGAUUGAAUUAGAGAGAAUAAAACAAAAGGCACAUAUACUUUGUAGAAAAAUCGAUAAUGCCGGUAAUGACGAAACCAGCGACGAUCAUGGGGAUGGUGAUGACAAAAAUGCCGGUGCUGACAAUGCCAACGAUGGCCAUAGAUAUGCUGAUGACAAGAAUGCCGUCUAUGGCGAUGCCAACGGCGACCAUGGUAAUGAAGAUGACAACGAAAACCAUGAUGGUGAUGACAAUAAUGUCGGUGUUGAUAAUUUCAACGAUGGCCAUGAUGAUGCUGACAACAAUGAUACCGGUGAUGACGAUACCAAUGAUGAUCUCGGUGAUGCUGAAGUCAAUAAUGCUGGCAAGCCUAAUGAUGAUGCCAACGACGACCAUGCUGAAGCUAAUAACGAUGAAGCAGAUAAUGACAAUGUUGCUAUAAACGAUAACCAUGGCGAUGUUGUGAACAAUGACACAGCUGAUGAUGACUAUGAUGCCGAUAUUGAUGGUGAGAAUGUGUAUCAUAAAGGCAGGAACGAAGGAGGCCAACCAAAUAAAGACGGGAGAGUAGAAACGUGUGACAAGAGAUUAUCAAGACAUCCACCCAAGGCCAAUGAUACGACAUGGCCAGCCAAUUAUAAUGAAAAUUCGAAGAUCACUGAUACACAAUCACUACACAGCAAAGUGAGGAGGAAAAGAGAAAAGAAAUUAUGGUCAAAUAAAGAGAAGGAAAAUCUUAUGACUUGCUUCUACUUUGCGACUGAUGUAUCUCAUAAAACUAGACAUUACAGGAAGAGAAUGAAAGAAACGUGGCUUAAAAAUAAUGGUGAUCCAUCCGUUGGAGAGCAAGCUCUGGCAGAAAUGAAACAAAGUAUUCUUCGUACUCAAUAUUUCAGCGAGAUUGAAUUAGAGAGAAUAAAGCAAGAGGCACACAUACUUUGUAGAGAAGUCAAUAAUGCCGGUAAUGACGAUACCAUCGAUGACCAUGGGGAUGCUAAGGACAGUGAUCAUGACAAUGCCGGCACUGGUGAUACCAAUAAUGGCCCUGAUGAUAAUGCCGAUGUUGUUGAUGCCAACGAUGGCCAUGGUGAUAGUGAUGACAAAAAAGCCGAUGAUGAUGACAUCGAGGACCAUAAUGAUGCUGAUGACAAAAAUACCGGUGAUGAUGAUGCCUACGAGAUCUAUGGCCAUUCUGACUACAAUAGUGCCAAUGGUGACGAAGCCAAAGUAGGAACAUCGAUGAUUCUAGACACACAAUCACUACACAACAAAGUGAGAAGAAAAGGAGAAAAGAAAUUAUGGUCAAAUAAAGAGAAGGAAAAUCUUAUGACUUGCUUCUACUUUGCGACUGAUGUAUCUCAUAAAACUAGAUAUUACAGGAAGAGAAUGAGAGAAACGUGGCUUGUAAAUAAUGGUGACCCAUCCGUUGGAGAAGAAGGUCUAGUGGACAUGAAACAAAGUAUCAUUAGUACUCAAUACUUCAGCGACAUUGAAUUAGAGAGAAUAAAGGAAAAUGCCCAAAGUCUUUGUAGAGAACGAAAGCGUAAUGCAACAAAGAAUCAAGAUGACAGGGGAAAACGAAUAACAGAUAAAGUAGACAAAUUGCACGACACCAACAAUGAUAGAGAGAGAUCGGGAAAAGGAAAAACUCGGUAA